AUGGGAGGCGAAAAGAAGACUUUGGAACUGCUGGGCAUCAGAGCUAACGAUGAGGAAGAUGCUCCCUUUGCCCUGCAGCUAAUUGCAGCCCAGUCCAAAAAUAGUUCCAUGGAGCACAUGAUCCAGAAGAACCAGUGUCUCUUCACCAACACACAGUGUAAGGUCUGCUGCGCCAUGCUGAUCUCCGAGUCCCAGAAGCUGGCACACUACCAGAGCAAAAAACAUGCCAACAAAGUGAAGAGAUACCUAGCAAUCCAUGGAAUGGAGACAUUAAAAGGGGAAACGAAGAGGCUAGACUCAGAUCAGAAGAGCAGCAGAAGCAAAGACAAGAACCAGUGCUGCCCCAUCUGUAACAUGACCUUUUCCUCCCCUGUUGUGGCCCAGUCGCACUACCUGGGGAAGACCCACGCAAAGAACUUAAAGCUGAAGCAGCAAUCCACUAAGGUGGAAGCUUUGCACCAGAGUAGAGAGAUGAUAGACCCAGACAAGUUCUGCAGCCUCUGCCACGCGACCUUCAACGACCCCGCCAUGGCUCAGCAACACUAUGUGGGCAAGAAACACAGGAAGCAGGAGACCAAGCUCAAACUCAUGGCACACUACGGGCGCCUGGCAGACCCUGCCGUCACCGACUUAACAGCCGGGAAAGGCUACCCCUGCAAGACGUGUAAGAUAGUCCUGAACUCCAUCGAACAGUACCAGGCUCACGUCAGCGGCUUCAAACACAAGAACCAAUCGCCAAAAACAGCCCCAUUGCCCUUGGGCCAGAUUCCAGCACAGAAGCAACACAUCUCAAAGGACUCCCAAGACACCCUGGAAGCCUAGAGGUGUUUCUGCCCAGCCUCGGCCUGCCCCCUCCCGUGAGACCACCGGGAGCCAACUUCCUGCCACUGUGGCAGGCCCUGGAAAAUGAGCAGGCAGAGCGCAAGGCAGAGCCGGGUGACGGGGAGCUUCUGAUGGGUCCGCUCCUUGGUUUGGGCCCAGGAGGUCACAAGAGUAGAGGCCCGGGCGUUGAGAGGAAGGGCUGGGGGCGGCGUGGAGGCUGCCCUUCCCCUGCCCCUCUAAGCCACGUGUCUUGGGGCCCCCCCCAACACCUGUCU